AAACCAAGUGGUGGUCAACUAGGUAAUAUAAUAUUGAAGCAAGUAUGGGCUUUUUUUAAACAUCUAUAAUUGUAGGAAUUCAAAAUCUUGUACAAAAAUAUUUCAGCAAAUGUUUGGAAUAUCUUAUUCAAGAAACGCUAAAGCUUGAUGCGAACCGCCGGAUAAGAAACCUGAGUGUGAUGCUUGCAAUGGUCAAAGAUUCACGCGAAGAGCAAGUUGUCUGCUCUUUAGAAAGACUUGUUGACCACAUGUUUAUUCAGAUGGCAUGUACAUAUCAUAUGUGCUGAAACGAUUCGACGAAAACGACCUCCUUCACGCAGAAACACUAUGCCUUGGGACCGAUGGGAUCACCAUUAGCACGAUUAUACUUCAAGAGCUGAUAUCGGGUGCAAAACACGGUGCCAUUUCACAAUCUGAUAUCACGAUGAUAUUGGAAGCGCAAAGUGCACGUUACCUUCGUGACGAAUUCAUCGAAAGCGAAGAACUCAUUCUUGAAGCAGCAAGGCUCUUGAAGACGCUCAUGCAAGUAGUUCCUACGCGUGAUACUUCUGUUGAGCUGCGCACACGUACUGCGUGGCUAGGCCUGACACUGUGUGCAGCCUCAGCAAUCCGACAAAAUGUUGGCCACGUUGCAAUGGCCGACACGUUUCUAUCCAAUCUUGGCUCUACCCUGGUCAUCAAAGAGGUCAACCAAGCAAUCCAGGGCUGGACUGCUCAAGUUUUUUGAACGUAAAAACCGAUCGGAUCCUCCUUCCAAAUGGACAGAAACAUCCAUUGAGCUCAAGAUGUUGGAAAUUGCGGUCUCUUAUAUUGGGCCCCAUACACCAUUAAAUCAAAACGGAUAUCGAAGCUUGAUGAUAUUACUUGGAUCUGCCGGAAAGGAUGCGGGACGGGGUAAAUCGAGAGACAUUGGCUCUGUGGGUGUUCGGGCGCGGUAUGUAUUUUUUUUAGCUCUGGUUGAUUGAAUAGGAUCAGCUAG